AUGCCAGAGCAUGAUGGUUUGAUGCGAGUGUUCUGGCCGACCGACAUCGCGACAUCCGAUCUGCCUGGCGUCAUUGUCGGCUGGAGGAAUUCGGGGCUCGAUGUCGUCGUCGUCGCCGUGCUGGAUCAUGUCGAUCCCAAGAGUGUCGAGGGUGCUCUGAAGGCUGGCAUCCUCCUCCGCGGCGCCCCUCAUGACCUGGACCGAAUCGAGAGGUUGUGCGGCCACAGCUCCAUGCACGUCCUGGGUGUCACCAACCCCGAGUCCGCACCCGAGGGCAAGUUCAUCAUCGAGCCAUCGUGGGUGCUUGCAACGACCGGCCCCUCGCUCCGGGUACCCAAAGUCAAGUGCCAGGUAGCCUCGAGCGUGCAGACCAUCUCCUUCGAGCGCCCGAUCCCGAACCGCAUGCAGUACAUCUCGCUCGACCCCAUGGCCCUGGCCCUCGCCGACAAGGGGGACCCCUCCCUGCUCUCAGUGUCCGACGGCUCCGAUGCUGAGGAUGAAAAGCAAGAACGACGGCACCGGCAGAAGCGGCGCCAGCUGGUGGAUAAGCUCAAGCUGCAUUCGGUCGUCAAACACGCCCCGUCGAUGAAGGACAAGGCCUUGUCCAGGAUCGUCAACCAGGUAAACUGGGCCUGGGAGCUGGAGCACCUGCUGCAGAAGAACGUCUCCCUGAUUGGCACUCGACCCAAGAGAACGCUUAGUGUGUCGGAACGGGUGGUCGAGCAGGCCACGACGAUGCGUGACGAUGCCAUCUUGUGGGUGUGGGACAAGAUUAUCCUCUACGUGUUUCCCAUCGUUAGGCGCAUCUUCAUCCUCACGCUCGUCAGCCACCGGGCCGCUGCCGAGAUCUUCUUGAUGAUCCUGGAAUGGCGCCUGAGGCCGAGCUCGCCCGCACUGAAAGACAUCUCGGCCACCGCACAACAGAUCGAGAUACGCCUGCAGCAGUUCUGCUACUGGCCCAUGCAAUAUGUCAAGCUCCGCCUGCGGAAGAACGACUGGGCCAGUGUGACCACGAGUCAUCCUGACUACAUCCGCUUUUAUAACAGCCUCUGGCUCGUGGCGAACGAUGUUAUAAUCGGUAUCGCUAUAGGUUCAUACAUCAUCGACAAUGCCGGCUGGGUCGCCGACCAGAUUGGCCUUCUGCUCCGGCAGUACACUGUGGAAGCACUGCAUAGCAGCAUAGAAUGGCUCAUGGGAUGGCCUGCUGGCCUCAAGCUCAACAAGGAGCUCGCUCUUUUCUUGGGAGAUCUCUUCCUAUGGGUUAUCGAGUACUGGUCGAGCUGCAUUACUACGCUCCAGCCCCUUUUGCCGCACAUCAUCUGGUUCAUUGGCUUUUCCAGUUUCGCCGGCGCCAGCAUGCCCAUUGCCAUGUUUUCAGACCUGGUCUCAAUCCUCACCAUCCACAUAUACUCUUUCUACCUUGCUUCCGCCCGUAUAUACCACUGGCAGCUCACCAUCCUGCUGUCCCUCUUCCAACUCUUCCGCGGCAAGAAGUACAACGUGCUUCGGAACCGUGUCGACUCGUGCGACUACGACCUGGAUCAGCUCCUCGUGGGUACCAUUCUGUUCACACUGCUGUUUUUCCUCCUCCCGACGGUCGUGGUCUUCUAUUUGAACUUUGCAGUCGCACGCAUGGCCAUCAUCUCCCUCAAGGCUGUUUUCGAUACGAUGCUCUCUUGCCUAAAUCAUUUCCCACUGUUCGCCUUGAUGCUCCGGGUCAAGGAUCCCCGGCGUCUCCCAGGUGGCAUUCGUUUUGAACUUCGUGAUACCCAAGAUAGACUUAAACUUGAUUCUAAUUCCUCCAUUGCAUUCUCUUCACACCCCCCGACGUCAGUCAUUUACCUCAAGCCCAUACCGCUCUCAUUCACUGCCAUGUUUCACCAGUAUUUCCAGAUGGGAAACCGUAUACGGAAGCACUACUUGUCGCCGCGCGUACUGUUCUGCCUCAUAACUGGCCGAUUCGUCCCUCCCAUCCAUCGCAAGGUGCUCUAUUCACUGCAAUACAGCAUGCUCCCGGCCAAGCGGGCCGACAUCAUACAGAUGUGGGACGCCCUGAACUCGUUGCCGGCGAAGAAGCGUCCGCUGGGCAUCUACCCGUACGGAAAGCAGUUCAUAAACAUGCCCAGCCUCCCCAACGGGCGGCGGGCAAAUGGAAGGAGAGGUGCCCCAUGA